GUGCGUAUGUGGUGGUGGUGGGGGUAAUCAGAAAGUCAGACAUGUUGGAUGUACCGACCUGAACUUAGCUACAGUUUCAAGUCUCUAUUGUACCUACAAUUGAGGAGUAGAAGUAACAAAGGUGCUAAGUGCAUAUUUUGCCAAAAAAUAAGAUACAGUGGAACCUCGAUAAUCCGUGUCUCUAUUAACCGUUUUUCUCGAUAAUCCGUGCGAAGCCCUCAUUUCAAAUAUCCGUGCAUUUCAAUGUUUUGAACCCAGUUAAUCGUGCGAAACCAGUUUUGCAACCGAUUCGUUGGCGCGUCAGUUCUACUACAUACUAGUUAUUGCUUAUGCUUAUGAAUUUUAUUAAUUAAUUUAUUAUACGUCUCAAAACGUUUCUAUAAUAGUGCGUGUUUUAUUUAUACAAGGUAAGAAGUUACUGUUUUUGUAUGAAAUAUGUAGAUGUUCAUGAAUGUUUUCGUAUAGUUUAGGCUCUGUGCUAAACUAAAGUACACUACCAAAAAUGGAUGCAAAGAGAAAGAAAAUUGUUCUAACCGUCGGAACAAAGCUAAAGUUGAUUGAACGUCACGAGAAAGGGGAUACUGUUUCAAAGUUAGCUAAAGAAUACAAUAUUAGAUUGCAAACUGUUCGAGAUAUUGUACGACAAAAAGAAAAUCUCUUAAAAUUCACUUCGCGGACCGAUUCACUAAAAGGAACAGCACAUCGUAAAUCAACAAAACCCUCCACACUAGAAGAGUUAGACUAUGCGGUAUACCAUUGGUUCAAACAAAAACGCACAGAAGGCCAUCCAGUUAGAGGACCACUGUUAUUAGAGAAAGCACAAUGGUUUCAUCAAAAGAUGAACAUUCAAAAACCUUUUCAAGCAUCACAGGGAUGGUUACAUCGAUUCAAAUUACGUCAUGGAAUACGGCAGCUUAAUAUUCAAGGUGAAAAAUUAAGUUCCGAUAAAAGCGCUGCAGAAUCAUAUCUUAUAGAAUUUAACCGUUUAAUCGAAACAUAUGAGCUCACAUUGGAGCAAGUGUAUAACGCCGAUGAGACCGGUUUCUUUUGGAAACCGAUGCAAAAUGAAAAAAAUGCUCCAGGUCACAAAUCUAGUAAGGAACGUAUAACAUUAAUGCCCUGUGCCAAUGCUAGUGGAAGCCAUAAAUUACCACUGUUGUGCAUAGGUAAAUCAAAAAACCCAAGAUCAUUCAAGGGAACCGAAAUGAAACAUUUUCCUGUUUGUUAUAAAUAUCAAACAAAGGCUUGGAUGAAUCAAGACAUUUUUAAAGCUUGGUUUUUUGAAGAAUUUGUUCCUUCAGUUAAGAAACAUUUGAAAUCAAAACACUUACCCGAAAGAGCAAUGCUCUUAUUGGAUAAUGCUCCCUCACAUCCAGAAGAACGUACAUUACAAACGGCUGAUGGUCAAAUUUUUGUGCAGUAUUUGCCUCCAAAUGUUACGGCUUUAUUACAGCCGAUGGAUCAAGGGGUAAUAGAGGCUUGCAAGCGCCGCUUUAGAAAAAUAAUGUUGCGGCUUCUUUUAGAAGCAGAUUGCUCACUGAAAGAAUUUUGGAAGAAAUGGAACAUCAAAGAUGCCAUAUAUGCGGCAGCAGAGAGUUGGGGUGAUGUUCCAAAUGUAACAAUACAAAAAUCUUGGUUCAAAGUUUGGCCACAACUUACAGAAAAUUUUAGUUCCUCCAAAAAUGAAGAAUCUACUGUAGUGACGUCUAGGCAACUCUUGAAUGGCAUACAAAAUGUUGUAGAAUUUGAAUUUGUAGACAUAACCGACAUUGAGGAAUGGUUACACUGCGAUAAAAACGAACCGGGUUUCGGAACCUACAGCAACCGAUGCCACCGAUGAGGAAGAUGAAGACGAAAACGUUUCUACACCAGAAAAAAAAGUUCCACCAGAAGCUGCACUCUCACAUGUAGACGGGCUAUUAAGUUUUUUAGAUCAACAAAAUGAUACAGAUCACAUAGAUGUUUUGAACUUGCGGAAAAUUCGU